AUGCUACGAAGAGCUGCGAGCAAUGCGUACUCAUGGUGGUGGGCAAGCCACGUUCGAACCAAACAAUCCAAAUGGCUCGAAGAAAAUCUUCAAGACAUCGAGGAGAAGGUGCAAUACGCACUUAAGCUUUUGGAAGAUGAAGGUGAUUCGUUUGCUAAGCGUGCAGAAAUGUAUUACAAGAGAAGGCCUGAAUUGAUAAGUUUUGUGGAAGAAUCUUUCAAGGCUUACCGUGCUUUAGCUGAACGGUAUGAUCAUAUUUCCAAAGAGCUUCAAAACGCUAACACCACAAUUGCAUCUGUUUUCCCUGAACAAGUCCCUGAGUUUGCAAUGAACGAAGACGACGACGACGAUGCUCCUAUCUCACCUAGAAAACAUAAAACCCAUGCAUCAAACCAAAAUGUUCCAAAGGUUCCUGAUUUCCCCGUAAGAGAUCCUGAGGCUGCUAAAAAAAUGUUCAUUUCAAGGAAAGCUAUUCAAGAACAGAACGCCACGUCCGUUGUUAACAAGUCCGGCCUGAGUAAAACCGAGGCGGUGGAUGAGAUUGACAAGUUUCAGAAAGAGAUUCUUGUUUUGCAGACUGAGAAAGAGUUUGUGAAGAGUGCUUAUGAGGCUGGACUUGCAAAAUAUUGGGAGAUUGAGAAAUAUAUCAUGGAGAAACAAGGGAGGGUUUGUAGUUUGCAGGACGAGUUUGACGAAGGUGCUGUUGUUAUAGAAGAUGAAGAAGCUCAGAUGUUGAUGUCCACCUCAGCUCUCAAAUCAUGCCAAGAGAAACUAGAAGAGCUGAGAGAUAAACAAGAAAAUAAUGUGAAAGAAUCAGAGAUUACAAGAGAACAGAUCAGAGAAUCAACAGAGGAAUUUAGUAAUCUUUCUGAUGCAUUGCUUGGUGAUGGAGAAAGAAAACAAGAAAUAUACAAUGAUAAGGAGAAGUUGGAAUCAUUAGGAGAAAAGGUAAAUAAAGAGUUUGAUGACUUUGAGGCUAAGUCAUGUCUUACCAUAACAGAUGUGGCUGAUAAGAUCGAUGAGCUUGUGAAUGAUGUGAUUAAUUUGGAGAGCUUGUUCUCCUCUCAAGCAGCUUUAAUACACAGACUAAGGGAAGAAAUUGAUGAUCUCAAAGCACAGAUUAAAUCUCUGCAAAAAGAAAACGAUUCAUCUCAAACUGAUGAAGAUAUGGUCAUACAGAAAAAGCUGAGAGAGAUGGAGGAAAAGCUAGAGUGUAUUAAACACAUGGACCAAGAAGUUGAACAAAAGAGUAAGAAGAUUGAAAUACACCUUACGCAGGCACAUUUAAAACUAAGUUUCUUAUCAAAGAAAUUAAAAAGCUUGAAGCAAGAAGGAGAAGAAGACAAGGAUAUUACUAAUGUGACAAUACAAGAAGCAGGAUCUUUGACUGGUACAAAACUUUUGGAAGAAAAAACUGAUGACUCAGUUGUGUCUGAAAAUAUUUCAAACAUGAACUCAGCAUCUAGAAUGAUUAAUACUGAAAAAGAUCACACAGAUGAAGUUAACCAAGAAGAGAAAAUUGAAGCUACAAGAAAGGAAGCUGCAUUAUAUGAUUUAGAGAAACAUAUCUCUGUCUCAUCACCAAAAUCAGACGUCAGAACAACACAAGAGUCUGAUGAGGCGUUCUUGCAGCAGUUGCUAGCACAUGGGAUAGAAGGCAGAGAGAAACAUUUGUUAACCGAAUACACAAAAGUACUUCGGAACUAUAAGGAAGUCAAGAAGAUGUUAGAUGAAGCUGAGACAAAACUCAAGAGUGUAAACACCGUGAAAGAUGAACAGGUCAGACCCAAGGAUCAACAACGGGACAAACUGUUCAUGCUAAUGUGCAGAGAGGAUGAUGCUGCAAAUGCGUUAACUGGUAAAAAUCAGAGGCAAUCACCAAAUGGAGAGCAAUUCGGAGCACGAGUUGAUGCAUUACUAAGCGAGAAUUUGAACCUGUUGGUGAGGUUUAGCAACUCCUUUGGUCAGAUACAACAGUUUGAUACAGGAAUCAAGGACUUGCAUGUUGAGAUACUGAAGAUCAUAAAACAAAAGAAUCAGGAUGGAGGAAGAAACACUCUCAAAUCAGAUGUUCGUCCCAUAUACAAACACCUCAGUGAGAUCCGCACCAAAAUGACUGUUUGGUUAGAGAAGGGUUUGCUUCUAAAAGAAGAAAUCAACAUCAGAGCUUCAACUUUGAGUGACAUACAAAAUGAAAUAACAGAAGCUCUCAGAACAGAUUCUGAAGACUCUAAAAUGAAACUCACAAUCUACCAAGGAGCUAAAUUCGAAGGCGAGGUAUCGAACAUGACAAAGGAGAACAAUAGGAUAGCAGAAGAGCUGCAAACGGGUUUGGAUCAAGUUACAAAACUUAAGAAGGAUGCUGAUACGACACUCGAGAAACUGACUGAGGAGUUUUCACUGUCUGAAUCAAACGCACAAUCUUGGCAAGAUCGCAAAACCCGUAUACCUUUGAGGUCAUUUAUAUUUGAUAUAAAACCAAAGAAGCAAAGACUAUCCAUUUUCUCUUGUAUUCAACCUUCAUUGUAUAAGAAGAAGCCUACUGCUUCAUAG